UGAAUAAGUGUUCACACUGUUUUACACUUUGCUCACUCUCUCGCCUCUCUCACUCUUUCUCUCUCUUUCUCUCUCUCUCUCAGGGUGAGCUUCUUCUGGCUCUCUCUGUUUCUUCCGACCAGAAGAAAUACACAAACAAGUGCUAACGUUGGAUUACAACGGAUACGACUACACAAAGCUUGCAUCGCCUGAAGCUGCAAAGAGAGAAGCUGUCGCCCUGAAAGGACUUCCUUCUCGUACGGCUCUUUAUGACUACAACAAGAUGAUUCCUUGUCAGCCACUCUCAUGUAUGUGGGCAGUCAUGUGUGUGGAUAACAGCACAACCUGGAUGGAAAUUCCAAUGGGGAAAAAGGAUCAUGCAGCCACGGUGUCUGGUUGCCAUAUAAUGUCCAUCCAAUGAUCCUGGUGCCAUGAGGGUUGAAGGCUUUGCCAUGAUGGCACACCAGAACAACCAAUCAAGAUUGAUGUCCUCACUCAUCUCUGCCAUGACAUUACCCCCUUUUGGCUCUGAAGUCUUGUCCUCUGAGGCAGAGGUGGUUCUUGGAUAUGUAUUCCACAAUGAGUCUUUGGAGUGCAACAGGACAGCAGACAUGAACAAGACGUCAGGGUCAGGGUGCGUUGCCUCGGCGACCCAAUCGCCGAAGAACUGGGUGGCGCUGCUGAUCCUGGUGGCCAUCAUCAUCACCGUCACUGGCAACAUACUGGUUAUCAUGGCCGUCACACUGGAGAGGAAGCUGCACAACGCCACCAACUACUUCCUGAUGUCGUUGGCCGCUGCGGACCUGCUGCUGGGCCUCCUGGUUAUGCCCAUUGCCAUGGUCAACAUCCUGUAUGAUUACAGCUGGCCCCUCCCCUCAACUCUCUGUCCAAUCUGGAUCUUUCUGGACGUCCUGCUGUCCACAGCCUCCAUCAUGCACCUGUGUGCCAUCUCUCUGGACCGCUACAUCGGCAUCCGCAAUCCCAUCCACCACAGCCGCUCCAACUCCAGAACCAGAGCCCGCAUCAAGAUCAGCGCCGCCUGGACAAUUUCUGUGGUAAUCUCCUUACCCAUCCCAGUGCUGGGCCUACGGAACCAAUCCAAGUUCAUCCACGGCAGAAGCUGCCAGAUGAUGGACGGCAGCUUCGUCCUGAUUGGCUCCUUCGUGGCGUUCUUCAUCCCCCUCACCAUCAUGCUGGUCACGUACUUCCUGACCAUCCGCGCCCUGCAGAGCGAGGCCACGCUUUGUUUGGACCAGCUGGUGCCCCGCCCCAAGUGGUCGUCCGCCCUGGGGUUCCUCCCCCGCGGCUCGCUCUCCUCCGAGCGCCUCUUCCUCCAGCGCUCGCUUAGCCGCGAUGGCGGCGACGCCACCGUCCCCAUGGCGUCCGGCGUUGCCCCAUUUGGCCGGCGCACCAUGCAGUCCAUCAGCAACGAGCAGAAGGCCUCCAAGGUCCUGGGCAUCGUCUUCUUCCUGUUCGUGGCCAUGUGGUGCCCGUUUUUUGUGACCAACGUGUUGGCUGUGGCAUGCAACCCCACCAUAUGCCCCCAAAGCCUCAUGGAGAUGCUGCUGAACAUCUUUGUGUGGGUGGGCUACAUGUCGUCGGCCGUCAACCCCCUGGUCUACACGCUCUUCAACAAGACGUACCGCGCCGCCUUUGCCCGCUACGUGCGCUGCCGUUGCAGGGAGGAGAGGAGGCCGCUGCAGUUCAUCCUAGUGAACACCAUCCCCCCACUAGCCUUCAGCUCCUCGCGGAUACACCUGAGGGGCGACAGGGCGCUCAGGAGGGCCACAGAGACCUGUGACCUUGGAGGAUCUAUAGGAAUGAAUGCACUACACUCCCCUAAAUCCCGCACUGGGUAUGAACCAGAAGAGAGUAUAAGCCAUGUUUAGCACUUGGAGGUUGGUCCAAAGGAUACAUGCUGCAUUUGCCCUGCAAGAGGGGAGAUCACCGUAGGUUACAGUGACUGAAACUUAACAUGAUUUGAUUUUACUUAUCAUAAAAUACAUGAUGUACAUAAUGUCUACACAAUGUAUCGUUUUUUGUAUGUGUUGUGUGUUUUAUCUUAUUUUUCUAAAGCAGCUUUGGAUGGUUUGUUAAGGUUUCAGCCAUAAUGAAGUACUUAAUUGUAUAGGCUAACACAUGCCUUGGGAUAAAUGAGACUGAAUACAUUUAAGGUGACAGCAUAGCCUACUCUCCACUAGAUAGGUCUGAUGUGAUUAUUUUCAGCCAAUGAGAAGUGGCACGCUUUGCUCUCUGUGGGAGACUUCAUGGCAUAAUUAGCAUGGCUCUCAAUUAAGGUGUUUAUUAUUUUAAUCAAGAAGGCCUCUCCUCUUUAAUUUUAGAGGGGGGAGAGAAGGGGGAUCAUAAAUACUCUGUUGCAGCGUCCAGUAUCGUUAGUGUUGUUAUUUUGAGAAGACUGUAGGGUACACCGACACCAACGGUAGGAGCCUGCUCUCGGUAUAAUUGUUCCUAUGGGACUCGUGAGUGUACCUGGAUCUCAUCUAAUUGGACGGAAAAUGGGUGACGUGAAGCUUCUCUCAAGACCUAAAAAAUGACUGACCUCGAACUCUCCUAUCUAGCCAACGGCGUGUUGAUUUAUGGGGUUUGUUAGUCACAUAUGCUAGUUUGAAACCAGCUUCUGAUGUUUUGGGUAUCCCGUUUGAAUUUAACCUUUCAUACUUUCCAACAAGCUCUUUCUUCACACCAGUGUUCAGUUUUUGAACAUGAAACUUGUGUAAUAGACUAGGCCUACUGUGAGUAAAUCCACUCCUUGUUAUUAGCCUUAAAGCCGGGUUGCGUCUUAGCCUACUUUAUGGUUUUGUGACAGACUAAUGUAAUGUGCUGUUGCUGAAUCUUGGCGAUGCGUUCUUACGCAUCUCUGCGACCUGAUAACUGUUUCUUACAGGACCAUAAAAAUGCUUGAUGCCAAAACACAGACUCAUGGAUGGGGCAAAGGAGAGACUUAUUUCACCACGGUACGUCUCACAACAUUGGCUCUGUAAUGGCUGUAUAGAAACAACGUAUAAAUGUCAGAUUAUUAAAGAGAUAUGUUGUGCCUGUGUAUGCUUGGACUUCUGCCAUUACACUCUCAGCAGUCAGACUAAACACCAAACAAUCAGCUUUUAACUCUCACUUGAUUAGGUCAUAACAUCUGGUAGUCUAAAAAUAUAUGCAAAUACCCCCAGAGUAUAUGUGUCAAUUUAAAUCAUCUUCAAAAUCGGCAUCAACAUGCCACCUAGUGGUCAUGUUAAGAACUAUUCUGGGGUCCACAAUGAAGUCACCUAUGCCUGCACUAGUGGGAUUCACUCAAUUACGUGGCUGUCUGUGAAUGCAUCGACUUGCAUAGAUAGAUAGUUGCUCUGUCAGAUGACGGUAUUGAUUCGUAUAUGUUUUCUCAUGUAAAAAAAAAAGAGUCGUCACGAACAGGAUUCGAACCUGUGCGGGGAAACCCCAUUGGAUUUCGAGUCCAACGCCUUAACCUCUCGGCCACCGUGACUGCAAGAGCGCGUGCGCAGUGCAGUGUUCUUGUUCUUCUCUGUAUCGAAACCAACCGUCAUGCAAGUAAUUGGUGCAGUGUUCUUGUUCUUCUCUGUACCAAAACAACCAUCUCGCGAGUAAAUAGUGCAGUGUUCUUGUUCUUCUCUGUACCAAAACAACCAUCUCGCAAGUAAUUGGUGCAGUGUUCUUGUUCUUCUCUGUACCAAAACAACCAUCUCGCGAGUAAAUAGUGCAGUGUUCUUGUUCUUCUCUGUACCAAAACAACCAUCUCGCAAGUAAUUAGUGCAGUGUUCUUGUUCUUUGGAACAAAAUCAACCAUCUCGCAAGUAAUUAUUGCAGUGUUCUUGUUCUUCUCUGUACCAAAACGAACCGUCUCGCAAGUAAUUAGGCAGUAUUCGCAUAUGUCAACCUACACAGAUUUCCCGUAAACUGUACGGAUUGCCCCCCCCCCCCCCCCCCCC